UUAUGAAGAGGAACAGGUGAAAAGGGAUUGAGGCCAAAUUGUGGGAAUAUCUGUUAGGGAAUCAUCUGUUUGAAACAGACAUGACAAUCAAGAGGUGAAACUACUUGGCCACGGAGCUGACUUCUUUAAUGGAUCCCAUUCAGGACAGAAACCCUGCUGAAGCUGGAGCGAUUGGAGAACACAUUUUAAAUAAAGAUCUGACAAAAUCAAAGCUACGGGAAAAUGGACAGUGAGGUCCAGAGAGAUGGAAGGAUCUUGGAUUUGAUUGACGAUGCUUGGCGAGAAGACAAGCUGCCUUAUGAAGAUGUUGCAAUACCACUGAAUGAACUUCCUGAACCUGAACAAGACAACGGUGGCACCACAGAAUCUGUGAAAGAACAAGAAAUGAAGUGGACAGACCUGGCCUUGCAGUACCUCCAUGAGAAUGUGCCCCCUGUUGGAAACUGACUCUUGGCUCCUGUCUCAUGGAUGGAUUUUCAAAAAUAUAGAGAGAUAAAAUGUU